AUGGACAAAGUUGAGCGUGAAAGCAAAAAGCCACGUAACGCAGGUGGGUUUAGUGGUGCUCCAUCUGGGGGCAAGAGUGGUUUUUAUCGUGGGCAGUCCAGACCUACUCAGUCAGAAUCAGUGGUGCAGUCUUCUAGUGGUUAUUCAGCUAGACAGGGCCAGCAGCAGAUGCAGAGGAAGGGUAAUAGCUCAUAUCAGUCAGGUUAUCAUCCGAGGUGUUCUAACUAUGGUAGAAAUCACAGUGGUCGUUGCUUUGGAGCAGAUGGGGCUUGUUUUACUUGUGGUGAAAAGGGGCAUAUUGCUAAAUACUGUCCUAAAGGAAAUUCUGGUGCUAGUCGAGCUACUACACAGCCGCAAGGAACUACUAUAGCUACACAGGGUCAGAUUCAGCCAGCUAAGACCACUCCACAUGGUGCUCGUGGACAGGGACGACAGGGUGCACAGGUUGCUCAAGGAGGGGGAGGACCGCCGAGAGUUUUUGCUAUGACCAAACAGGAUGUCUAG